AUGACUGCAGUAACUUCUCAACAGAAAUCGGCUCCAUCGGAGCAGACCCCCUUGCUGGGUCGGUCCGAGGAAGAGGCGGUGCACGAUGCGCCGCGGGUGCCGGUGACUGUCCUCCAGGGCUCGGCGGUCAUGAUAGCCAUGGGUCUGCUGUUGUUCAUUCAAGCUACUCAGAUCACCGCCAUGACCACGGCCCAGUCGGCCAUUGCCGCCGAGUUCGAUGCCUUUUCAGUGGCCACAUGGUUCAGCUCGGUGUUCCUGAUCGCUUACUCGAGCAUCACCCCUCUCUCCGGUCGCUUGUGCCAGAUCUUCACCCCUCGAGUAUACGUUCUCUUCACGACGAGUCUGCUCGCGCUGGGACUCUUCGUCACGGCAUCUGCGCCCAGUUUGACGGUCUUCCUCCUGGGACGAGCCAUCGCGGGCUGCGGCGCCGGCGGGCAGACCGUCACCGCGUUUGUGUUGGCCCUGGACUUGACGAGUAAGAAACGCAGAGGGCUAUUCCUAGGCUUGAUCAGCGUGGCCAUGACCACGGGCAUUUCGUCGGGGGCCGUUCUCUCGGGCCUGCUGACAACGGUCUACGGCUGGCGCCUCAUUUUCUGGGUCCAAGCCCCAAUCACUCUGAUCCUGGCGCCGAUCAUGUUCUUUGCGAUCCCCGUCCGCCCCGAGGACGAACGCCUAGACGCGCGCCGUCUUCUGCGCAAGUUGGCGCAGGUGGACUAUGCGGGCGCUUUGACCCUAACCCUCUCUGUCACCCUCCUCCUAUCCAGCCUGGCCUCGUCCACCAUACAGAUUGCACCCAUCGUCGGCUUCCUCAUCUCCAGCGCCAUCUUCCUCCUCGUCGAAGCCCGCGUCGCCUCGCAACCCAUCAUCCCCACCGGCAUCGUACAACUGCGCAGCGUGCGCCUGACCUGCUUCGCGGGGCUGAUCACGAUGAUGGCGCGCUGGUCCGUGCUCUUCUACACGCCCGUCUAUGCCAUGGUCGUGCGCGACUGGAGUCCCGCCUCCGCCGGGCUGAUCCUCGUGCCCACAAACGCCGGCUUCGGAUUAGGGGGUGUGUUGGCGGGAUGGUUGCAUAUCCGGAAAUCCCAGAGCUAUUACCUAUCCAGCCUGACGGGUUACCUCCUCUUCGCCCUCGCAUCCUUCAUCCUCACCACCCUCGCAACCCCCACCUCCGCCGUCCUCGCCUUCAUCUGCGCCACCUUUUUGCACGGGCUGACGGUCGGCGCGCUACUGAACUACACCCUCUCGCAUCUCCUGCACCUCACCCACGCAGACAUUCACUACAUCGUGGGCGCGUUGGUGGGCAUGAGCCGCGGAUUCGCGGGGAGUUUCGGGUCUGCGAUCGGCGGCGGAUUCUUUAUCCGUGAGCUGAAGAAAGGGCUGGAGCGUGGGUUUGAGCGUCACGGGAUGUUGGAGGGGAAGGGGGAGUUGGUGCGGAAGUUGCUGGGGAGUCCGGCGUUGGUGAAGAGUUUGACGGGCGUGGAGAGAGAGGUUGCGGUCAGGAGUUAUCAGGUUGCCUUGCAAAGGUUGUUUUUGGCGAGUUGUGGGUUGAUUCUGCUGGCCGGUUUGGCACAGGCGGGGACGGGGUGGAGGGUGAGUGAUGGGGAGAAGAGGGUGCAGCAGGAGAGUGAGUGUGAGCGUGAGGAUGAGGGGGAGGGGGUUUGA